UAGUAUACUUGUUAAGAAAUAUAAAGAUGGCUUAUAUGUGAUCAUAAAAGUAUUUAAUAAACGAUUUAAUCAUGAUAUAACAAAUAUUUAUUAAUUUAAUAUGUAUUUAUAUAAUUUAAUAACAAAACAACAACAUUGAGUCUUAAGUGAUCGAAUAGUGUUCAUAUGUAUAAAAGUCUGUUUAAUAUUCCUUAGUAUACUGCGAUAUAAAAUCUACUGUUUGAAAGAUGACAACUCCAAUAAGCACAGCAAUGGACAGGUUAAGUGCGGCAUUAAAUUCAAAUAUAAUACCAAAUCAAGAGUAUUUACUUCAAGGCUCCGUUCUAGACAGUGCUGUGGAAGUGUUGCUUCAUAGAUUAAGAGGCUUAUGUGAUAAUGUUGAUAGCGGACCUGAAACUUUCAACGAUCAUGAAAUGUGUUUUAGUAUUAGAAGAGGACCUCCUCCCGAACAACCACUACUGUUAAGAGUUAGAAGAGCUUUGGAUUAUCAAGAUAUGCCUUGGCAAUUAAGAUACAUAGGUCAGCCAGAAUUAGGUGAUAAAUCUCGUCCUACAAUUGUACGCAGCAGCAUAGAUAUUGCUACUAGCAGUACCGUAGUAGAAUUUUUAACGGAGUUAGGUUGUAGAUUGGAUUUUGAAUACAUAGCUAGAGGUUAUAUGUUCCGGAAGGGUAGAAUGAAAGUUACAGUAUCAAAGAUUUUUAAGAUGGGUCAACAAGGAAAAAUACCUGAAAGUGUAGAAGCUAUAUCUCAAAGUUAUCUGGUAGAAUUAAGUGUUCUCGCGCCUAGUGGUCAAGAUGCGAUAGCAGAGGAUAUGAGAAUAUUCGCAGAACAAUUGAAACCUCUAGUUCAGCUCGAAAAGAUUGAUUACAAAAGACUUCAUUAAAUGCUAAAUAUAAAGAAGGUAUGAAUUUCAUAUUUUGUAUUGGAAUUAAUUUAAUAAAAUACAAUAAUAUUGCAAAAUACCCUUUUUACGUAUAAUCUUAUGAAAUAAAUUAUUUAUUCUCAAAA